UCUGACCUCGGCACCGUUACUGGGGAGCGGCCUCUGAGCUCACGUCAGGAGAAGGCCCCUGGCCUUCCAAUGUGGUACUGGGGCAAAUUUUAGUCCUCCCAAUCCGUGCUCGGCGCAGGCAAUUCAAACUGACAGCGGGUUAGAGAAAGCGGAAGAAAGAGUGAAGCCCGGCGUGUUCGGUGACUGACUCCAGGUGCGGACUGAACCUCAGCCGCGGCCUCUCAUCCAAUACCACUGCCCACUCCGGAGCGACCGCUGCAGGAAAAACCUUAAGGGUCACGGGCGGCGAUUGCUGAGUGAGCGAGGACGCCGAGGGCCGUGGUGCAAGGGAGGGGACGCGCGGCCUAGCUCGGAGAAGGGGGCGCGGGACAGGGCCGAAGCCGGCGUGCCCUGAGUGGCGUUGAAUCCUGCGAAGAGGCCGCGUGGAGCAGAGCAGGGAUCGGAGCGCUCUGCAGGCAGGGCUCGCACUGGGAGUUGUCCGAGAAGCGAAGCUUUUAAAGGGUAGAGCCCCCUGGGAACAGGUGGGAAUCGUUGAAUUCCGGGGCGGGAGCUAAAGAUUCUUGGAGUCCAGAGAAAGUGAACGGCGUUGUUCCCUUCAGCUCCACUCGUCUCUCCCCACCUCAAACUCCAUUCCCUUUCCCACCCCAAGUCAAAAGCAAGAAAAAUUUGCUGUUCCCAUUUAAUAAAUACUAAUUUUACCUUUCCACCAAGAAAACAACUCUCUUCCCAGUUUUAGAGCUUAAAGAACUCAAAGCCUUACGACUUGGCUUGUUAACCUGGGGGAAUCAAAGUACAAAGGGUAUUGCUUGUUCCCUCUUUCAAAAUUCUGCACCUCGUUCUACGUGGGACGCUAUGUCUACCAACAACUGUAAUUUCAAGGACCGAUGCGUGUCCAUCCUGUGUUGCAAAUUCUGUAAACAAGUUCUCAGCUCUAGGGGAAUGAAGGCUGUUUUGCUGGCUGAUACCGACAUAGAUCUUUACUCUACAGACAUCCCUCCUACCAACACAGUGGAUUUCAUUGGAAGAUGCUAUUUCACAGGAAUCUGCAAAUGUAAACUGAAGGACAUCGCAUGUUUAAAAUGUGGGAACAUUGUAGGCUAUCAUGUGAUUGUUCCAUGUAGUUCCUGCCUUCUUUCCUGCAACAAUGGACACUUCUGGAUGUUUCACAGCCAGUCCGUUUAUGGUAUUAACAGACUAGACUCCACUGGUGUAAACUUUCUACUUUGGGGCAACUUGCCAGAGACAGAAGAAUGUACAGAUGAAGAAAUGCUAGAGAUUUCAGCAGAAGAGUAUAUCCGAUGA